UAACGUCGGAACCAGCUUCUGGAAGUGUUUUGCUACCGAUCAAGACCAGUCCCGACGCCAGGGACCCAGGACAAGGGUUUCUACGACCACAAGAUUGCUAACCCUAACAAGAUCUUCAGUUGCUCCGUUUGGCCGAGAGACAGGUGCGCCGCAGCUACGAAGGUGCGCGGCGUCACUGUCGCAGUCCCGGCUCCCGAGGACUUCGCCCAACGACUCGCACCCUCGUGAAAUCAAGUAAGUGCAGUCCCUCCCCUCGUCAUGGAGGUAGUAGAGGUUGAAGGCACGGAAAUAGCCCCCGAAGAAGCUACCGUUGAAGCAGGGUGGCUUGUCAGCCACCGUAAGCAACGACAGACUACGCCGGCAUCAUCCCUACUCAUACACGGAUCCCUCCGUGCAACAGCAAGCGCACGCACCGAGAGUACCGAGCAGUCCGCACUACGCCGACGCGCACCACGGCAACCACGACUUCCGAAGAAUGAUAUCAAGAUCGUCAUACGCCCAAGAGACGGUUUCAACGUGUCCAAACUAGGAGACGCCCAGAUACGCGACUCAAUACUACAGAUCACGGGCAUUACUACCAAAGAAGCAGAGGACGACAUUUACCGCUCAUGCACGGAUAAUAACGUCAUUGUAGUUAGCACGCCAAUGAUGUCUAACGCCGAAAAAUACUGUCGCAUCCGCAGUCUCCCCAUCGGAGCAGUCCGCUACGCUGCCACAGCAUACGUCACACCGCCGGAGGACACAGCCAAAGGAGUCAUACAUAACAUCCCUUCAUAUGACACGGAAGAAGACAUUACCAACAGUCUCGUUUACAAGAAGAACCCUACGAUUCUGCAGGCCCGACGCAUGGGCAAUACUAAUUCAGUGCUCAUCGUAUUCGACGGAAAGCAAGUACCGUACCAUGUCUACUACCGCGGAGCAGAGUACAAAUGCUAUCUACAUAAGAAGCGCAUCGAGGUCUGCGACAUCUGCGGGACCGUCGGCCACAGGGCCGAUGUAUGCCCCACACCAACCCAGAAGAAAUGCAAGAGCUGUGACACAGUAAAUCCGCCGGCUGAUCACCCCUGUCACCCUUGCUGCGCGCUCUGCGGCAAAGACCACCCGACUGGUGAUAAGUCCUGCCAUCGCCGCUUCCAGACACCACACCUCCUACUCCAACGACGAUGGGAACGCCUACGACUGGGACAACAAGGAGCUGACCAGGAGACGGGGCCAUCGACUUCUGCAAAUGGAGACUCAGCUCUGCCAACACCGAAGUCAACACUACAACCGCAGGCUCCCGAACGCAGCAAUUCACGAGGACGCAGUCGGUCUCGUGGACGCAGCCGCUCCCGAGGCCGCAGUCAGUCACAAGGACGCAGUCACUCCCGGAGCGGACCGGAUUCAACACCGCCGCAGCAGCAAGCAAACGCAAGCCUCAGAACGACCACAGUUAAAGUGCAAGACGCACCCCCCAAGGUAAGCUGGGCCAGCAUUGUCUCCCACACAGGUCACACCACACAACCUAUAGCAACCCCAGUGAACACAGUUAGUGACGCUACCAUGCACAACUUCAUGCAGGUGCUCCGAUCCUUACGUGCUGAGAUACAAGAACUCAAGACAGAAAACGCUAAUCUGAAAUCACAACUUGCAGACACACAACCCAAAAAUUUACCAUCAAAUGCGGACAUCCUUCCUGUCCCUGCAAUAGAUUGCCCGCAAACCACCCAACAACCAACCUCGCACAAACGCAAAGCUCUUGAACCAAUCUCAAAAGCGGCAGCACCAGCAUACACUUCAGAAGGAAAUGUCAACUGUGAGGCUCUCACUGAGCUGCAACAGCGGAUAGAACGCAACCUCAACGAAGCAUUAGAUUGUAAGCUUGCCACAUUGCUCGACGCCUCCAUUGCAAAGGCUCUCGAACGCGCAAUGGACAACCUCCUUACGGCGAAACUAGAAACGCUACUACUGCCCAGAAUUGAGCAAGCCUUUGCGGCAAGAGAACAACAGCGACAGGAAAACAUGGACGACACGCGCAAAGUGCUUCAAGACAUGGUCGCGACUUUGGCUCAAAAUCACAACACCCGUUUGACAGAAUUGGAAAACACCCUACUCCGUCCCAGAGCAGGUCCCCUAAAGAAGCCGUACUCGCGUCCCGACAAAGAUGGCUGCGAGUAA